AUGUCGCAGACCGCCACCGAGACGCGUUCCGUGGCGCAUCAGCAGCAUACGCCGUUCGGGCCCGAGGCGUACGAGCUCGGCCGUCUGAGUUCCAGCCACGGCCGCUCGCUCGGCGACAUCUCGCCGAAGCGGGACGGCCUCGAGGAACAUCAGGCGUCGGACGUCCCGGACGACAGUCCGCCGCCGCACGCCCACGGGGCCCUCGAGCGAUGGAACUCGCCCAAGGGCAACGUCGGCAGGCUGGGGUUCGCCUUCUUCUCCUUCAUCAUCGCCGGCAUGAACGAUGCCGCCGUCGGUCUCGAAACCUACUAUGACCUCAGCUACACCGUCGUCUCGCUCAUCUUCCUGACGCCCUUCGCCGGCUACUCGGUCGCCGCCUUCACCAACGCCAGGAUCCACCAAAAGUUCGGCCAGCGGGGCGUCGCCAUCAUGGCGCCCCUGUGCCACAUCAUCACCUACGUCGUCCUCGCCCUGCACCCCCCUUACCCGGUGCUCGUCGUGGCCAACGCCAUCAGCGGCUUCGGCAACGGCCUGACGGACGCCUGCUUCUGCGCCUGGAUCGGCGCCAUGGACCAGGCCAACACCAUCCAGGGCUUCCUGCACUCCUCCUACUCCGUCGGCGCCCUCAUUUCCCCGCUGAUCGCCACGUCCAUGGUGGUCACCGCCCAGCUUCCCUGGUACAACUACUACUAUGUCAUGGUCGGCGCAGCUGUUCUCGAACUCGUCGGUCUGGUCAUCACCUUCUGGCCAAAGACGGGCGCCGUGUACCGCGCCGAGCACGCCCACGAGAACGAGGGCCAGGGGGGCGCCGGCACCCGAGUCGCGCUCAAGUCCAAGGUCACCUGGCUUUGCUCUCUGUUCUUCUUCGCCUACAUGGGUGUUGAAGUCGGCCUCGGUGGCUGGAUCGUCACUUUUAUGCUUCGAGUCCGCAAAGCGUCCGCCUACGCUUCUGGUGUUUCCGCCACGGGCUUCUGGGCCGGACAAGCCCUCGGCCGCGCUUGUCUGGGCUUCGUGACCGAGAGGUUCGGCGAGAGGCUCUGCAUCAGCAUCUACCUCGUCAUCUGCAUCGCCCUCCAGCUCCUCUUCUGGCUCGUCCCGCAGUUCGUCGUCUCGGCCAUCGCCGUUGCCUUCCUCGGCUUCUUCUUGGGCCCGUUGUUCCCCGGGGCUGUCAUGAUGACGGCCAAGCUUCUGCCGAAGCACAUUCACGUCAGCGCAAUCGGCUUCGCCAUGGCCAUUGGAGGUACGGGAGGAACCGUCUUCCCGUUCAUCAUCGGUGCCAUUGCGACCAGCAGAGGUGUCAGCGUGCUCCAGCCCAUCGUUUUGUCGCUCAUUGCCGUGGUUAUCAUUGUCUGGCUCUGCUUCCCACGGAUCCAAAAGAAGGACUAG